GCGGCGAGCACGGCCGCAGCUUCCAGCAGCCGGCUGGGGCCGAGGCGCAGGAGAGACGCAAUGGCUGCGUGGGGCGAGCGGCUGGCCGGCGUGCGCGGGGUGCUGCUCGACAUCUCAGGCGUGCUGUACGACGGCGGUGAGGGCGGCGGCGCGCCGAUCCCAGGCUCUGUGGAGGCGCUGGCGAGACUGAAGCGGUCCCAGCUGAAGGUGAGGUUCUGCACCAACGAGUCGCAGAAGUCCCGGGGGGACCUGGUGGGGAUGCUUCGGCGUCUGGGCUUCGACAUCUCAGAGGGCGAGGUGACCGCCCCGGCCCCUGCCACCUGCCUGAUCCUGAAGGAGCGAGGCCUGCGGCCACACCUGCUCAUCCACGACGGAGUCCGCUCGGAAUUUGAUCAGAUCGACACGUCCAACCCAAACUGUGUCGUGAUUGCAGAUGCAGGAGACGGCUUUUCUUAUCAAAACAUGAAUAAAGCUUUCCAGGUGCUCAUGGAGCUGGAGAAUCCUGUGCUCUUCUCACUGGGAAAAGGACGCUACUACAAGGAGACCUCUGGCCUGAUGCUGGACGUUGGUCCCUACACGAAGGCGCUUGAGUAUGCCUGUGGUAUCGAAGCUGAAGUGGUGGGGAAACCUUCCCCUGAGUUUUUCAAGUCUGCUCUGCGGGAGAUGAGGGUGGAAGCCCACCAGGCCAUCAUGAUCGGGGACGACAUCGUGGGUGACGUCAGCGGUGCCCAGCGGUGUGGGAUGAGAGCGCUGCAGGUGCGGACCGGGAAGUUCAGGCCCAGUGACGAGCAUCACCCGGAAGUAAAGGCUGAUGGGUAUGUGGACAACCUUGCAGAGGCUGUGGACCUGCUGCUGCAGCACGCGGACAAGUGACAGGCCUUCUGGGAGGGCCCCUAGCCUCCUGCCACCCUCCCCUGUGCCCAGACCGUCCGAGGCACUGCCCUCUGGCCUGGACGGCCAAGCGAGAGGGUGCCAGCCAGGCUGUUCUGGGCUGCCCUGCCCCUGAGCCACCAGCCCCUCCUCUGUCUCCCUCUGCCGACCCCCCUCCCUCCUCUCCGGUCACAUCUCCCAGCCUCCUGGGCGAACUUUGAUCCCCACCUGCUGGCCCAUCCCCUGCCUGUGCUUCCCUGGUGAAGUCAGGAGGUGGGGCCCAUCUGUUGAACCCCCAAACCCAUUCGCUCUCCAGUCGGCCAGUCCUUUCAAUGCACUACCGAAUCGGACUCAGGCGUUUGCCCACUGCCUCUUUUCAAACAGCACUUGAGUUUUGGGAAGGCGCCUGGAGAAAGCGGGGACUCCCGAGCAGAGUCCUUGCGGCCAGAGCCGAGCCAGCCUCCCCGGGACUGCCCAGCGGCCCCUGCCCUCACCUGGUGUCAGAGGGACCGCUCAGCGCUCCCCAAGACCCCCCCCCAAACAAUGCAGCCCGCCUUUCCUAUCCCAAGUCACCUCUGGAGCCCAAACGGAGCGGCUCCCAGGGGCACUUUAAAGACUGCUGUCCUUCAGAGCGAGAACUGUAACCUCUGGAAUCCAGGUGGCAGGUGGAGGGUACCUUCUGGAGCCUUAACUCGGUAGAUUUGAAUGUGUCACCCCCAGGAAACUAACGGUUAAAUCAACUCUCUGCCCUGACCUGCGGCGACUCUGGCUCUGACUGUGCGGGGCGGGCGGCGGGGAGGAGGCACCGUCCCUGAUCCUGCCCUGGACUUGAGCCCCUGCACAUCAGGGGGCCAGGGCCCUGAGACACCUCGCCUGCCUCAAACCCUUUGUUUAACGGAGGGGGAAACUGAGGCCCCGCGGGGACCAGGUGGACAGGGCAAGCGUGGGCCUUCCUCACGCAGCAGCCCGAGGUGGCGGGCGGUGAGCUGCGGGCUUCCCAGAUUCACUCACAGCCCAAGUUUCAGGUUUCAGCAUCAAUCAGCAGAACAGAUAACUUGAAUGCUCUGUUUCUCCCCACAUCCAUCCAGAACCCACUGACAAAUCUUGGGAGACUCCUCAUGAAAGAAGUCGUGAAUCUUCCGUAACAGGAUUUCCAUUCAACGAAGGCAGAUGAUGAUAGAACGCUUGGCCCUGAACCUGAGUCCCCAGCACGGGAGCCCAGGGCCGGCAGGGUCUGUGCGAUCCCCAGGCCUUGCCCGCCAGGCCGGCCGCCAUUAAAUCAGGAUUAGGAAGAAAUGGUGGUGGCUGAGUCUUUUCAUCAAGAUGAGAGGCCCCCUGCCAGGCUCGGGUCAUUGGCUUGCAGGGGAGGAGGGGCGUUUGGCCUGUUAGCUGGCAAACAUGCAGAUGGCCUGCUCCUGGGUGGAGUCCCCUAAUUCCAGCUCGUUAGGUGACCAGCGCAGUGCGGGCAGCAGGCAGCGGGGCUCGGAAGGCGACUGUGCGGGGACGGGCCUGCAGCCUUCUGUUGGGUUUGUUCCCUCUUUUCUUUCUUUCCUUUUUCAUGGGCUGCCCUUGCCUGCUGUCCUCAGCAGGGGCUUGCAGGCAGGGCGGUUUGGUUCUGGAGGAAGGAGGCUGGGGGUCCCGCUCUCCAUGGACAAGCGGGGCCUCCCCUUGCGAGCUGCUGCCUGGGAGUGAGGACAGAGAGGGACUCAGAGGGGCAGCAGGCGCAGACCCCCGCUUUGGGCGGAGAACACGCUGCCCACCCGCCCCGAGCUGUGGGUUCUGUGGACACUGUCAUCUCCCCAUUUUACAGAUAAGGAAACUGAGGUGCAGAGAAACUGACUUGCCUAUGGGCUGACGGCUGGCAAGGGCAGGGCCGAGGCUCAGAUCAAGGUCUGACCCUGCAUCCCACGCCCUUUCUAGUCCCUUCCACGAUCCCUCCACAGGGGAUGACCUGCGGUGGCCCCGGUGGCUGUGACUUUCCAGGCGAGGGGCACCCUGACAUCCUCCCGGUGGAGAUGAAAUGUGCCUCAGGAUUGAGGUCCAGCCCUACUCGUGGGGGCGCCCUGUACCCCCGAGCCUCAGCUAUCUCAUCCUUCCCUGAGCCCUGCCGGGGACCAGGCCCGGCCAGGCCAGGGUGCCCCAUCGCCCCACUGGGGCUGCUGACCCUUGUCCUGCUGCCGCGCCGGGGGCUGCCCAGAGGUCAGGAUGACCUACCUCACCCCUGGGUCCUUCCAGCUGUCGGGCCCUGGCCUGAUGCCCACCCUCCUUCCCCACUCCCAGUUCUCAGGCCAGAGAUAGACAGAGCCACAGGCCACGGGUAGGGCUGGAGUUCAGGGCUGGCAGUGGCCUGAGGACCUGUCUGUGGUCAGGAGACACACCCCAGAUCUGCCACAGGGCCAGCAGACACGCCAGGCUCUGGGGCCGCCCAGUAGAGCUGCUGGAAGGGGUAGGGACAGGUGGGGCGAAGAAGAGGGCAGGACGGGGGCACAGGGGUCUCACCUACCCCCAGAUCUCCCAGCUCAAGCGUCCACACGGUACCAGCCCUGCGUGAAAACCCCAUUCAAACUGGGUUAAUCCAGCAAGAGUUUAUCAUCUACGAGGCUUCCAAGUCCAGGCCUGGCUGGAUCCGGGUCCCAAGAAAGUCCCAGGCUGACCCUGGGGCAGGGCAAUGGCAGCUCCAGCCAAACUCACACGGGAGAGGAGGGCGUGGCCCCAGGAGGACAUCCACACCAUCCUCUCGCUGGGAGCUGGGAGCCAGGCUGAGGGGUCCAAGUCCUCGCCGGCAGGUGUGUGCCCACCAUGGGGCCCAGACGGCUGCGGCGCUUCUCUCCUCCUCAGAUCAGGUGAACGAGGUCCCUGCAAAGGCCUGGCCUACCCGCUGGGCCACGCCUGCCCCUCUCGGGGA